GGAUGAGUCCGGAGGAGGUGGAGGCCGAGACUGCUUCGGUCGCCCUCGGCCUCGCGGCCGCGCCUAGUACGCCUGCGCGGAACGAGAAGGCCCCUGACAGGGAGGGGUGGCAGGCCAUCAGUAAAGAUGUGUUCAGACUGGAAGAUAUCUGCCCCCAGAUGACCUAGAUCCAGAUCCAGUUAAUACGAUUUUGACCUGAGGAAGAGUAAAUGAGAAGGGUGAGAGUUGUUGAUCUCUUGAUCAAGCAGCCGGUUGUUUAUUUUUAUACACAAAUCCAGAAAUCUGACAGCUGUUGGUUAGUGUCCUUGAAAACCUAAGUGAUUUGACAUGUCUGGGCGGGUAAAUGAGUCACGAGGAACACAAUUAAAGGACAUUUGCCUGAGGUUCAUAUACCCUGGCAGCCACGAAAACCAGAUGGAGUUAUGUUGCUGCCAAAAGGGCAAAAGAAGUGGGAAGAGAAGCGUGAGCUCUCUUGGGAUCCAAGGCGGUAAGAGCUGCCGCAGAGUAAACGAACAUAGAGCCACAUUCCACUGCUCCUAGCUCCACAAAAAAAAACAAACAUUCCCUAAAACUCCAAUACAGUUGGAUCAGGAAAGCGCCAAGGUGGAGAGGAAGGACCUGACUGGCUGGAAAACGAGGAGCAGCAGAAACCAAGCUAAGAAAAGACUACACUGAAAGAAGGCAAAGUAGAUUCUGGGGAAGGCAAAAACCGCCCCAACCGAGACCACGUGCUUACAUUUCAACAACCCGGGAAUCAAAACAAACCUGCGUGGCCCUGCCCAGCGCUGGUCACAUGACUUUUAUGCGAGCGGCGCUUCCUGGAGAGCCGCGUAGCAACCUCUGCGACUGCUUCUUGUGUGGCAGCCUCAGACUGGGGAUUUUGAUCUUCUUCGUGACCCCACUCACGCCCCACUCCACUUCUGGGAUUCGAGCGGUGCUCGCGUCUUGCUAGCCAUGGCGGCAGGCCCGGGAGCGACCACUGAUACGGACCCUGCAGCUGGAGCAGGAGAGGAGGAAGGUGAACAUGUCAAACCUUUUACGCCAGAGAAAGCAAAAGAAAUUGUCAUGUCCUUACAACAACCUGCAAUCUUCUGUAACAUGGUUUUUGAUUGGCCAGCACGACACUGGACUGCUAAAUACCUUUCUGAGGUCCUUCAUGGCAAGCAGGUACGAUUCAGGAUGGGAAUGAAAAGCACAGAUACAGUUCCUCAGUUUGAAACUACAUGUAGUUACGUACAAGCUACAAUUGAAGAGUUUCUGGCCUGGAACUGUGACCACUCUGGUAUUUCUGGACCAUUCAGAGAUUAUGAUCAUUCCAAAUUCUGGGCUUAUGCUGAUUAUAAAUAUUUUGUCAGUCUAUUUGAAGACAAGACAGAUAUUUUCCAGGAUGUGAUAUGGUCUGACUUCGGGUUUCCUGGAAGAAAUGGACGGGAAAGUACAUUGUGGAUCGGCUCCCUGGGGGCCCAUACCCCCUGUCAUCUGGACUCCUAUGGUUGCAACUUAGUAUUCCAGGUACAAGGAAGGAAAAGAUGGCAUCUCUUUCCUCCUGAAGAUACUCCUUUCCUUUAUCCAACUAGAAUCCCUUAUGAAGAAUCUAGCGUGUUCAGUAAAGUCAAUGCUGUCAAUCCUGAUUUAAAACGUUUUCCUCAGUUCCAGAAAGCUCGAAGACAUGUGGUUACGCUGAGCCCAGGACAGGUUCUGUUUGUUCCCAGACACUGGUGGCAUUACGUAGAAUGCACUGAUCCUGUCACUGUCAGUAUAAACUCAUGGAUUGAGCUGGAAGAGGACCAUCAAGCCCGGGUAGAAGAGGCAAUCACCCGCAUGCUUGUGUGUGCCCUGAAAAGUGCCGAGGAUCCACACAAUACCAGAGCUUGGUUAAACCCAACUGAGGUGGGCCACUUCUGGUUUUCAUCAUGGCAGUUAGCUUCCUGUGAUAAAUCAACCCUGGCCAGAACAUUUGUUUCCCAAUUUAUAACAUCUAAGGUGGUAGAAACCCAAGAACUCAAAACAAAUGGAGAGGACAUGAAAAAGGACGAAUUAAAUGUUCACCACCUUAUGGAGGUGGAACAAACAGGUAGCCAGAACUUAACCUUGGAAACACUAAAACAGGAGGCAGCAGGCCCGUUUGGCCCUGACCUGCUUCCUGUGCUACCAAGUUCUGAAAAACCACCCUCAGAAAGGGGAGGCAUAUUUGAAAAUGAUGAUAAAGACUUUGUUGGCAAAGGUGGAGAACACUUUGGAAAAUUGCAUUGUACCAAGAGGCAACGAAGGAUGAGUAAAAGUGAGAAUGCAACUGUGGAACAGAUUGCUUCAAAUCAUGCUGCGGCCCCUUCUCAAACAUUCAUUUCUACAGAUGACGUGCUGGACUGCUUGGUGAAUCCCCAAGUAACCAAGAUAGUGGCACAACUUUUGAUACAAGGAAGAAGUUUGUAAUUGUAAUACAAAAUGACUUUUUAAACAAUAUUUUUAAAGUAUUUUUAAACAGUAUGGUGUUUAAAUAAAAGAUGAAAUAGGAAAAAGUCAAUUUUCACAUGCUUGUAAAUGUACUUAUUCUUACCUAGUUAGAUUUCAAUCUCUUUCCACCUUCUUGCAUGCACAUUGCUUUUUGGCCAAACUGGCUCUUUGUUAUUUGUUAGACCUUCUCUCGGUGCUUUUCUUUUCUUCUGCCAUCCCAUCUCUUUAGCCUACCUCAAAUGUAAGCCCUAAGUGUUCUCAACAGGAAGUAAUCUCUCCAUCAGCCUCAGCAGGGGUUAGCCAGCUGUCUGUUUUUAUAAGUAAAGUUUUACUGGGUCACAGCCAUGCUAUUUGUUUACAUAUUGUCUAUGGUGGCUUUAGGGUUACAGUGGCAGAGCUGAGUAGUGACAGAGACUAUAUGGCACACAAAGAUGAAAAUAUUCACUAUUGCCUUACAGAAAAAAUUUGGCAAUCCCCGGCCUAAUGCAUCCAUUGGGUGAAUUCUAGCUUUGAUUUGAAGGGAUCACACUUCUAACACCUGCAGAAUUCUCACUGGAUAACCCCUGCAUCCAGAGAAGGGUACCAAUCGGGAGAAAAGUAAGUGGGGGUCCAGUACAAGGACGUCUUAUGAGAGGAACUGGGACACCCAGGAACACCAAUCCUGAGAAUAAAAAAGGACUGGAUGCUACUGACUCCUGAAACUGACUAAAAGCUUGGUUUGGUGAAGUUGAUCCCACUCUGAUUACUUUUGCAAGGUCUGAUGAUAAUUGCUACCAUUACUGACUAAGUAAGAAUUUAGAAAUUAAAAAAGCAUAUUGAUCUCUGAGUAACCAUUCAUGAAACAAAUACAUAAUAGAAAAGAUACACAAAGUCACCUUUUAAGAUGAACUGACCAAUGGCCCCAUCUUUCUCAGUCUUCAGACUGGGGUUAUCAAUCCAAAGAAAGUAUGUGCCUUCUGGGAAACGGAGGGAGGGAGGUGUUAUUAUGUGAACAUGCCCAGGAAAAGAAGGGUCUGGAAGAAUCCCUUCUGUAGCACUUACCACCACCUGACCACUAUAUCUAUUUCUCUGAUCGUUUCUACCUCCCCCAACCAAAAUGUCACUGCAUGAGGGUCUGGACUUUGUUGUAUUAUUGCUGUAUUUGCAGAGCCUAGAUCAGUGCCCAGCAUAUGGUAGGUGCUCAUUAAAUAUUCGACGGAGUGGAUUAUUUUAAAAAGGAGACCUUGUUGGUAAUAAUACUCCAUCAAAUACACUGGGGCAGAGUAUGCUGUGACCAAGGGUAAGCUGUCUGUUACCCUUAGUAAGUAUAUCCCUAUUGCAGAAAUAGACAUAUCUUUGUCUUCAGAUGUUGUAUUUUUUAUGUUUGUUACUCCUUUGACCACUGUUUUUCAAGUUGCAGGUUGUGACCCAUUAGUGAGUCACAAAAUCAGUUUAGUGGGUGAGACCAGCAUUUAUUUCAAAAUGAAACAAUUUGAGUGAAUUCAAUAGUAAAUUUAAAUAUUAUGUGAAACUUUCCAGGAAAAGUAUUUUUUCAGGGUAAAUGUAUUUCACAAAACUUCAGUUAUAUCUGUGUGUGUAUUGAACCUGAUAUAAAAUGUAUUUCUUAGAGUAGGUUAGGGUCAGAAAAGUUUGAAAGUUGUUCCGAGGCAAAGCAUUUAAGUCAGCUAGAGGUUAUAGUUUUUGACUUGCAGAGCCCUGGAAAGUUAAGACAUUGGUAUGAAUGGAAACGUGAUGAGAGAAAAUUUCCUCAUUUUAUAUAUAUAGAGAGAUUAUGACACAGCAAGAGAUCCUGGCUACCUGCAAAAGAAGAGUGCGAGAGUGAGAGAAGAUAGUGAAAGGGGGAGGCUGUCAGCCACAGGUAACUGAGCCCCGUUUCAUCCUGCAUUUCUCAGAUGAGCAUGCCUGAGUGAGUGAAAUCAACUAUUAACUAAACACACUGAUCCUGUAGAGGCCAGAGGGAUUAAAGAAUACAAGCUCAGCGUUACCUAAAGUCACAGUAUCCAGGUAUCAGGGCCGACCUAUACAGUAGGCACAGUGGCUGGGGCCCAUGAGCUUUUAAGGACCCACAAAAAUGUUUUAGAAACAGCCUUGAUUACAUUCAUGUUUAUACCGUGUUUCCCCAAAAGUAAGACCUAGCUCUAAUGUGUCUUUUGGAACAAAAAUUAAUAUGACUGCAUCUUAUUUUA